UGGAAACGGUUUUCUUCCUAGAUGGCGUAUUCGAGCGAAUAAGCAGCGACAGUUAUGCAACGUCUCUUUUUUUUAUGAUGCAAUUAGCAGAAUUGUUUUUUUUUCCUCAAAAAAAUAUAAGUGGCAACAACACUGUUUAUUCGAGCAGACGACAAGCUAAGAGAACUUUUCACGGUUUUGGAUCGCGGUGCAUUUAGUGUAUGGUUAGACAGCAUGGUGGUUAAGUCGUUAACUAGAUUUAGUUCAAUAAGCAUUAAUCUAUUAGGUAAUAAAUGUUUGCAUUUAUACGUUUCACCUUCCACUAGGAUGGUUCAUUUAUCUACUUCUGUGUGUCCUAAAUUUAGGGGUUUAUUUCAUUCUAUGUGUGGGAAGCACAUAGGCAAAGCCAGCAGACAGACCAUUUCCAAACUGAGACACUUCUCAACAUUAUCCACACAUCAGCACCAGACACCUCCUCCUGUCUAUGUAACAGCAACAGCUCCACUAUCGGACAUCAUAGAUCCUUUCAAACUAGCUGAACCUGAUCUCUUAAACCUCUACUCAGAUAUUAGAAAGGUUUUUACCAUCUUUUCACUUGUUUUUAAUGUCUCAUUAUUGUAAAUGUUAUGUGUAAGC